UCGGAGCUUUAGAGCGUGACACCCAGUGGAAGUAAACAGUAGCAGCUAGCAGCAUUAGCUGGCUGUGUGUAAUGAAUGAAGUGAAGACGGUACUGAGUCACAGCGCAGCUCAUUAUUGAACGAGUAAUUAAAGAAGAAUGAGUUCAGUUGAGAGUUUGAGAGAGUUUGUCAACGAGCGACUAACUGCUGCUGCUGAAGAAAUAUUCAGAGUUUUUAAAACAACUAUCGUCCAGUACGAGGAAGAGAUCGAUCGGCAGCGCGUCAUGCUGGAUAUCUGCUGGAAACCCCAAGUAAAGUUACACAGGAUAGAGCUCCCACAGCAACAUGUCUGUAAGGAGGAGGAGGUUCUGGCUGACCAGCAGCUCUGUAACCAGGAGAGGAACUCCAGUCUGGACCAAGAGGACCCAGAGCCUCCAGAGAUUAAAGAGGAACAGGAGGAACUCUGCACCAGUCGGGAGGGAGAGCAGCUUGUACUGAAGGUGGAGACGGAAACCGUCAUGUUGACUCCAGCUUAUGAGGAAAGUGACCACAGUGAAGCAGAACCAACAAGUGACCACCAGCUCCUCUCUAACAACUCUCAUGGAGCUGAGAGCCGAGACCAGAAAGGAGGAAAACAUGGAGACUCGGGAUCAGCUGGAGAUGGAGAGCAGAAGGAAAAGAAAAGACAUCAUGGAAUCACAAGUCACAGUGAUUAUGGAAAAAACUCAUCAGACAUUCAACAUAACACUCACCCAGGUGAAAAGUCUUUCAACUGCAACACAUGUGGAAAGACUUUUAAGUUUAUUUCCCAACUGAAUUCACACCUAAGAGUCCACACAGGUGAGAAUCCAUGUUCUUGCCCAACAUGUGGGAAGACUUUUAAGCAAACCGGUAACUUAAAGGUUCACAUGAGAAUUCACACAGGUGAGAAACCGUUUACUUGCAAAACAUGUGGGAAAGCUUUCCGCCGACGUGCACACAUGGUAGUUCACAUGAGAAUCCACACAGGUGAGAAACCAUUUACUUGCAAAACAUGUGGGAAAGCUUUCAGCCGACAUGCACACAUGGCAGACCACAUGAGAACCCACACAGGUGAGAAUCCAUAUUUUUGCCAAACAUGUGGGAAGAAUUUUACGCAACCCAGUAACUUAAAGGUUCACAUGAGAAUUCACACAGGUGAAAAACCGUAUGCUUGCAAAACAUGUGGGAAGACUUUCAGGUCUUGUGGUGACUUAAAAACACAUACAAGAAUUCACACAGGUGAGAAACCAUAUUCUUGCCAAACAUGUGGUAAGACUUUCAGGUCUUGUGGUGAGUUAAGAACACAUACAAGAAUCCACACAGGUGAGAAACCGUAUUCUUGCCAAACAUGUGGGAAGACUUUCACGCUAAACAGUAACUUAAAGGUUCACUUAAGAAUCCACACAGGUGAGAAACCAUAUUCUUGCCAAACAUGUGGGAAGACUUUUAAGCAAACCAGUAACUUAACAGCUCACAUUAGAACUCACACAGGUGAGAAACCAUAUUGUUGCAAAACAUGUGGGAAGACGUUCAGGUCUUGUGGUGACUUAAAAACACACAUGAGAAUCCACACAGGUGAGAAACCUUAUGCUUGCCAAACAUGCGGUAAAACUUUUAAGCAAACCAGUAACUUAACAGCUCACAUUAGAACUCACACAGGUGAGAAACCAUAUUCUUGCAAAACAUGCGGUAAGACUUUCAGGUCUUGUGGUGAGUUAAAAACACAUACGAGAAUCCACACAGGUGAGAAACCGUAUUCUUGCCAAACAUGUGGGAAGACUUUCACACUAAACAGUAGCUUAAAGGUUCACUUAAGAAUCCACACAGGUGAGAAACCUUAUUCUUGCAAAUCAUGUGGGAAGACUUUCAAGCAAACCAGUAACUUAAUAGUUCACAUGAGAACUCACACAGGUGAGAAACAAUAAUUUUGCCUGGGGAAAGUUUGUCUGAUCAGUCUCAAGAGACACUUGAUGACAUGAACAGGCGAUUAGCCUCAUUUUUGCAUAUUAUGCUGGAGGUGGUUCAGUUCUAGUGUUUCAUGCAUAAUUGCAGAACUUUAACUUUAAAUGAGCUACUUGAAGAAUCCUCAGAGGAUCAAUAUACACAGGAGAAAUGAUGAGCUGAUGCUGAAUGUGAACAAUUUCCCCUUGAGAACAUGUCAAAAUAUGUUUGUUUCUAUCUUCAUGCUGAUUUGCCAUAUUUGUUAACAUGAUGAUUAAAAAGUCGAGUUAAUCACUC